GACAUGUAAGUGACUAGUUCACUACUCUGGAAUCACACAUUUCCACAUAAGUGUGUAUCAGUUUGAAGUAUUGAAGUAUUUCUGUGGGACAAACAAAACAAUGACGGGUUUUAUGCUGAGUGGGACAAACUGGGGUGGCCCCUCAGAGGGCGUGGUCUGGUGAAAGCAUGUGAGAGGAGGAGGAAGAGGAGGAGAUGAAGCUCCCGUUUAACAGACUAGCAUCCGGCAGCGGGAGGACCGACAAAACCCAAGACCAGCACUCGAGAGAGACCGACAGGAGGAAAGAUGAGGGAAAUAGUUCACAUCCAGGCCGGACAGUGUGGGAACCAGAUCGGGACCAAGUUCUGGGAAGUGAUCAGCGACGAGCACGGCAUCGACCCCGCGGGGAGCUACGUGAGUGACUCGUCUCUCCAGCUGGACAGGGUCAACGUCUACUACAAUGAGGCGUCCUCGCAUAAAUACGUCCCCCGGGCCGUGCUGGUGGACCUGGAGCCAGGAACCAUGGACAGCGUACGCUCAGGAGCCUUCGGACAACUCUUCAGACCGGACAACUUCAUCUUUGGUCAGACGGGUGCCGGGAACAACUGGGCCAAAGGUCACUACACGGAGGGGGCGGAGCUGGUGGACUCGGUUCUGGACAUAGUGAGGAAGGAGUGUGAGCACUGCGACUGUCUCCAGGGUUUCCAGCUGACUCACUCCCUGGGGGGGGGCACCGGCUCCGGCAUGGGCACCCUGCUGAUCAGCAAGAUCCGGGAGGAGUACCCCGACCGGAUCAUGAACACCUUCAGUGUCAUGCCCUCACCCAAGGUGUCGGACACCGUGGUGGAGCCGUACAACGCCACCCUGUCGGUCCACCAGCUGGUUGAGAACACAGACGAGACCUACUGCAUCGACAACGAGGCCCUUUACGACAUCUGCUUCCGCACGCUGAAGCUCACGACGCCCACCUACGGCGACCUCAACCACCUGGUGUCGGCCACCAUGAGCGGCGUGACGACCUCGCUCCGUUUCCCCGGGCAGCUCAACGCGGACCUCCGCAAGCUGGCCGUCAACAUGGUGCCCUUUCCCAGACUCCACUUCUUCAUGCCGGGGUUCGCUCCUCUGACGGCGCGGGGCAGCCAGCAGUACCGAGCGCUCACCGUCCCCGAGCUAACCCAGCAGAUGUUCGACGCCCGGAACAUGAUGGCGGCCUGCGACCCUCGCCACGGACGGUACCUGACCGUCGCCUGCGUCUUCCGUGGGCCCAUGUCCAUGAAGGAGGUGGACGAGCAGAUGCUGAACGUCCAGAACAAGAACAGCAGCUACUUCGUGGAGUGGAUCCCCAACAACGUCAAGGUGGCCGUCUGCGACAUCGCUCCCCGGGGGCUCAAGAUGGCCGCCACCUUCAUCGGCAACAGCACGGCCAUCCAGGAGCUGUUCAAGCGGAUCUCAGAGCAGUUCUCCGCCAUGUUCCGCCGAAAGGCCUUCCUGCACUGGUUCACGGGCGAGGGAAUGGACGAGAUGGAGUUCACAGAGGCGGAGAGCAACAUGAACGACCUGGUGUCCGAGUACCAGCAGUACCAGGAGGCCACCGCCAACGACGGCGAGGAGAACUUUGAGGACGAGGAGGACGAGAUCGUCGAGUAAGGAGAUCGAACGUGUCCGGUAAAAGUCUGAGGCAACACUGGUAGAGGGAUCGCGGGAUGUCAGAGUAAUAACAUUAAGUAAUAACAAAUAGACAAGAAAAAAAAGUCGUAAUACUACGAGAAUAAAGUCAUAACUUUACGAGAAAAAAAAAUAACGCAAAAUUACUACUACCAUACUACUAUAUAUAUAUAUAUAUAUAUAUGUAUAUAUAUAUAUAUAUAUACACUAAUAUUAUGACUUUAUUCUCUAAAUCUCAGAUGUAUUUUUUUCCUCAGUGACAAACCUCAUAACGUCAACAAUAAUAAUACUGAACUAUUUAGGGAAUCUAUUUUAUAAGUGUCCGACCAACAGUCAACGUUGGUUUCUUUAGACACUGACGAAAGUCUUUCUCCAACUUUAACCACGUAGUUUCUGUGCUUUCACCAUAGAGGCAUCACAAUAAUAAAAAUAAUAAUAAUAAUAAUAAUAAUAAUAAUAAUAAUAAUAAUAAUAAAUCAGUAAUUGAAUGCGGUGAAUGUGUGCAGUAGGUGUCAUAAAUGCACGGACAUACACAAGGUGGUAAAAGUCGAUGGUGGAAAGACGACGCGUGAUUCCCGGUCAACCCUUUUUGUAUUGUGUUUGAGUGUUUGUUGUUUUCAACAUGUGAUUUUUGUACCCGUCUCGAGUGUCUGCAGAGAGGUUGAAAUAAAAGCUUCUUUCAAGGCCUUGCACUGUGA